AUGGGGCCGCCGAGACGCCGGCUGCAAUGGGAAGACGAGGAUGCGUCGACGCUCGGCCAUGGCAGCAGCGAUGACGAAUACGACGAGCAGCCCGCGCUGGACCGCGCGCCCGUCCACCCCAUAGCAUGCAUGCAGGCCGCCUUUGAGGAGUCCAUCAUGGAGUCGCUGGAGCCCGUGUCCGAGUCCGAGGAAAAGAGGAAACACCAGCAGGACAAAGGGGGCGGCGGCGGCGGAAGUGCAAAGGCGCGCCGGCAGCGCAUGCUCGACGAGGACGAAUACAACGGCUCCUACACGGCGCAAUGGAGGAUGAAGCCGAGCGCCAAAUACCACCCGCUCUGGAAGCUGGUGGCCCAGAUCAGCUUCGGCGUGCACCUACUCAACCAGCAGCUGGCCAAGAGCGACGAGGAGGUCAGCAACAUCCUGAAGAUGCACGUGCAGGAGGUCGAUGUCUUUCUGGAGAAUACAACCGAGGACUUUGAUCUCGCCCUUGCCGACAUCCAGGAGCGCAUCAAUUAUCUCAAGCUUCCAUUGGAGCACGUCAACAUUUUUGACAUUAUGCUCGACGACAGGCAGUUCCGCACGAGCAUUGUGGAGGGUAACGAGAAGAUUGAGAAAAUAGUGGAGAGGACAGCAAGAGCGAUGAACGACGCGCUUUUGGACGUUGAAAAGGGCAUGGAGGCGACGGAGGAGCUGUCGAGAUAUCUGCAGCGGAUUGGCGGCGAAUGGACAGAUGGGGACGACGAGCUGUGCGGUAUUUACGAUGCCAUGUGCGGAAAUUCGGAGGGUUGGUUGGAAUGUCUUCAGACACUGCAAACGAAGGGCAAUGAUCUCGGUAUCGCUCUGGUGCAGCUCGGUAGCAUUCUCAAUGAGAUGACGAAGCGCGCUGGAGUGGCGAGCAGGAGGAGCAUCAUCGCGCACCGGGCACCGGAGGCGGACCAACGGCCCGGAUCAGGAUCAGCCUCUAGAUCAGCGUCGAGGUCAGGCUCGAGAGCGCGCGUCAACAGUCCUCCGUCGUCGUCGCGUUUGUCGCCGGGCCAACAACGGCCGGACAGACCAACGAGCAGGGCCAGGCAAGAUAAACCACUGCCUCGAGACCCAGAUCCAACCGUCCCCGGCAUGGCCAACCUGCACAGAUCACCGUCGAGGCCGCCACAAAAGGCGCACAUGGUACCGAUGGAACAACGCUUCGAAAACACGCGCAGACCGCCACCUCCGCCCCCUCGACAGCCCUCGUCCGUGACGGAUGCGCCCGAGAUACCAGCACGGGACAUGAGACGUUUGCAAACACCUGAAGCGCGCUAUGAUGGUCCAAGAUCGGGCACGAGCACGCCCAUCUCCAAGUCCCCCAACCUGACUGUUUCUCACUCGCCAGCCAUGUACAAGGCUUCCUCGCCCACUGCUCCCGCGAAGAGUCCCAGCAUUCUUCGCAAGCGUCUUACCGUCCGAGGAACACGGGACAAGGAUUCCUCUCCUAUGGUUGAUUCGGCUUAUUCUUCGGGCUCAUCUGGGUCAUCGAAUUCGUUUGAACGCGAACGGAAGCCUUUGAGAUCUCCGGCAUUGACCGUCAGAUCUCCAAUGCUGAGCCCUCCGUCUCCGAUGCUGAGCCCCAGCUCUCUCCCACCACAAAUGGAGCAGACGCACCCGAGCUGCAGGUCCUCUUUUCUGGCCGCUACGUCUCCUAUGCAGAGUCCCAUGCAAAGCCCUAAUUCUCUCUCACCCGCUCCAAAGCUCGGUCUGUUCCCGCAGAUGCGGGAGACACCGCCGAUGACGCCGCAGGCUCUCUCUAUUCGGUCUGGCAUCACGGGCGGAGGUUUAACAUUAAGUACUACAUUGGAGAGUAGGCCCAGUACGGCGAUGACGGUGGCGACAACGGCACCUAAACGCACUAAUAUAUUGAGCAACGGAAGUGGGCGCGCAACCCCAGACGUGGCAAAGAAGAGGGGCAGCCUCAUCGGGUUCAGGAAACUGUUCAGAAAGAAGACGUCCGCAAAACUUGGCCCGACAGCCGAGAAUGAGGCGGAAUGA